AUGGCCGGUGUAAGACGUUACCUAUUCUGGAUCUCCUAUGACGGCAGUCGUUUUCCGGAAAUGGCGAAAGGAGGUACAGGAUUCGGAGUGAUGGACUUUUUUGGUCAAGUUCUACGGAAUUCGUUCGUUGGAAUUGGCGAACGCUUGAAAACGUCAGCAGCAAGUCGUGCUGACAGCACUCAUCGAAUUGAUAUCGUAGAAUUGGCUUGA